CGGGAAGACAUAACGGGUUGUUCUCGUUCCUGUUUUUUUAUUUAAAUUAUUCGAUCCGACGAGCUUUUAUUCGUGACUUAUUUAUGUUUAAAAUAAUAUAAGCCUAAGUAUAAGUGAUUAAAUAUAAAUGCAAUAUAACGAUAAUGCCCUGUGGUUAAGAAAUCGCUUAACAAGUUGGUGAAUGUUCUUAAUGGCGGCUGAGUGUCAGUGUACUAAAUACAAAAUGUUUGUGUAGUGUGUGAUCAAACCUAUUGGAUUAUAACGGUGUGAUGCCAGUUAGCACUGGGAGGGCGCGGCUCGGGCGCUCGGCGCGGUGAUGUCGGGCUCCUGAUGAGCCGGCUCCUCUGCUGCCUGCGCGCGCGCCGCCCCGACAUGGGCGCCGCUCUCUCGCACCCCCAGGACGGCGACCCGUGUGACGGCGGAGCGCCCGCGUCGCCACCCACAAUGGCUGAUGUCAUAAGGGAGCGCAAGAAGAAGGCGGGCGGCGCGGGGCUGGGCACGCUGCGGAGACGGAUCGCCGCUGCAGCCAGAAGACCGAGAGACUCGCGACCGGAUAGAGGAUGCGAGCACGCCCGCUUCAUCCGCUCCGUGGUGAGUUCUUGGCGGCUGGCGGAGGUGUUCCUGCUGUGCGAGGAGCUGGAGGCGGGCGCGGCGCUGCGAGACCUCGCCACGCAGGCGGAGCUGGCGCGCGAGCCCGCACCGGCGCUGCACGCGGACCUCGCGCGUCUCUACCGCGACCGAUGGUGGUGCGACGUGGAGAUCGUGGGUGCGGGGUGGUCGCUGCCGGCUCACCGGGUCAUACUCGCGGCACGAUGCACGUACUUCCGGGACCUGCUGAUGAGAUACCCCAACUCGUGCCGCAUCCCGCUGGAGGGCGUGGGCGGCGCGCUGUCCCGCGACGAGGUGGAGGCGUGCGUGCUGGCGCUGUACGCCGGGCCCGCCGCGCCCGCCGCGCCCGCCGCGCGCUGCGACGUGUGCGCCAAAUGGGAGAGGGGCUUGAACUCGGAGGCUGAGCUGGAUAUCAUCAGUGUUGAAAACUCGACGCUGCGGCGCGGCUGCGCGUGCGGGCGGGCGCGCGUGGACGCGGUGCGCCUGCGCCGCCUCGCCGAGCUGCUCGGGUUCGCGCCCGACGCGCUGCUGCGCGACAUGCGCUACCUGCUCGACUCGGGUGAGCUCUGCGACGCUCGGCUGUCGUGGGUGGUGGAGGGCAGCGGCGGGGGAGGGAACUCGUACGGGUUCCGCAGUGCCUUAGAGUUGCCUUGCCAUCGUCUGCUGCUGGCCGCCAGGUCGAGGUUCUUCAGGAGCGUGAUGUCGCGGCGCGGGGCGGGCGGCGCGGGCGGCGCGGGCGGCGCGGGCGGCGCGGUGUGCGUGGACGAGAAGGUGCUGCCGCGCCGGUUCGCGCGCGCGCUGCUGCACGCCGCCUACACCGACCAGGUGGAUCUCACGCUGAUCGGAAGGAACUCGUCGUCCCCGUCGUCCACGGGAAGCGGCACCAACGGCGGCACGCUCCGAGGAAGCGGCCCGAGAGGCUCGUCCAUACAGAUGUUGGACGACGCGUUUCAGCUGUACGAGAUCGCGAGGUUCCUGGAGAUGCCGAUCGUGGCGCAGGGCUGCGAGGACGCGGCGGCGCGCGCGCUGUCGGCCGACACGCUGCCGCACGCGCUGCGCUGGGCCGCCGCGCCGCACGCCUCCGCCUGGCUGCACCGGCAGGCGAUGCGCUUCCUGCGCGACGAGUUCCCGGCGGUGAUGGCGGCCAGCGCGGCGGCGCGCCUGCCGCACGGCGCGCUGUGCGCCGCGCUCGCCUCGCCCUUCCUGCAGGCCAGCGAGGCGCAGGCGCUGCGGGCGCUGCUGCGCUGGGCCGAGCGCGCCGCGCAGCCGCCGCGCCCGAGUCAGCUGGCCAACGAGCCCAACCUGGUGUGGCACACGACGCACGCGCGGCGCGGCGCGCGCGGCCGGCGCGGCCCGCCCGACGCGGCGCUGCGCGAGGCGCUGCAGGACCUGCUGCCGCUGCUGCGCCUCGAGCACCUGCCGCCCGACUGCGACGUGCUGCAGCAGGCCGUCCGGCGCGGCAUCGUGUCGGCGCCGGCGCCGUCGGAGCGCGGCUCGGCGGACGCGUGGCUCGGCCGCGGCGCCUUCCGCCCGCCGCGCUGCUUCCUGCCCUACCUCGACGAGAUCAAGGCGCUGCUGGAGGACCAGGCGCUGCCCGAGGCCGAGCUGGCGCGCGCGCGGCUGCGGCUGGCGCAGCGCAUCCCCGACACGCUGUACAUGGUGGCGGCGGCGCGGCGCCAGCACGACGCCGACGGUACGCAGCCCGGCGCGCAGGCCGUGUCGGACGGCGCGCGCGCGUGCGUGUCGGCGCGCACGCUGGGCGCGCUGCGCGCCCGCGCCGCCGAGCUGCGCGCCGCCGCGCCCGCGCAGCGCGCGCUGCGCCUGCACGCGCCCGACACCGCGCUCGUGCGCCGACAGAUAGCGUUGCGCGCGGUCCGAGAGAUGUCGCUCCCGGACUCGUGCGCCGAGCUGCUGCUCAGCGAGACGGACGCGCCCGAGGACAGGGAGGGCGGCGGGGAGUGGGAGGGGCGCGCCAACACGUCCGCCUCGCGCAGCGACGUCGACGACGACUGCUGCAGAUCCGGUUCGGGAUCGUUGCGCUGCGCUUCCGGAGGAGCCUCGACGAACGCUUCGCUUGAUAACCAACGCGCUGGAACGUGUCGACGGGAACUUCCGGCCCGACCCCUGGAGUCCCACCACAGGAGCGGCAGCUGGAGCCGCGCGCGCCUGUCGGCCGCCGUGCCGGACGUGGCGAUGGCGCCCAACGCGAACACGCACCUGCUCACGGCGCGCGACUACCCGCACCCGCACCCGCACCCGCACCCGCACCCGCACCCGCACCCGCACCCGCACCCCGCGCACCCGCACCCGCACCCCGCGCACCAGGCGCUGCACGGAGCAGAGCUGGUGGGAGUGCUGCAGCUGGACCUCGGCGACGGCGCUACCCACACGCCCAGGCCGGGGUCCCGCGCGCAGCGAGCCGCCCGCCAGCACCGCGAGCACUCGCAGGGCGCGUGCGCGCGGCGCGACUCGGACGAGCUGCGCGCGGCCAUCGAGCUGUCCGUCAUGCGGGCGUACUCUUCGCUCCAAGUGGCGCGGCGCGGGCCGUCCCAUGUCGCCGAUCUGCUCCCGCCGCCCGUGUACUGUCGCAUGUGGCGCGUGGCGUCGCGCAGACUUCGCGGGCGCGCGCAGCCGCGCCUCCCCCAGCCCCUCCGCGCUGGCGGCCGCCGGCGCCGCGCCCCCCGCGCCCGCCGCGCCCGCCGCGCGCGCCCGCGGUGA